GGUGUAGCAGUGUGGUGUGUGGUGACGUGCACCAACACUAAGCCAGCAGUGAAGGUGCUGAUGUGUAGUAUGUUCGUGCCUCUCUUGGUGCUCUGUCUGUUGACCAGACCAGCUGUGGCACACACCUUCAAUGCCAUCCUCACCUGUGACGAUGUCAGCUUCAACAGCUCUAUCCGGCCAGUAGUGGGUAUCAUAUAUUUAAUCCUAGCUCAGAUGGAACAGAUCUCAAUCGCUGCAGUGUCCUUCUUGAGCAGAAUGAUGGCAACAUGGUCGCCGCUGAGACAUAGUGUGGGACUGAAGAGAGCCGUGGCUGUUGUUGUGUCAAUCACUCUCUACUGCAUCGUCACAACACUGGGUUUGAUUGUGCCUAAGGAGCUCGGGUACCUGAAACCUCGCCAUGUGUGGUGGGGCAUCCGGACUCUGUUCGUCUUCAAUAUAAUGGUGCCCAUCCUGGUCACCAUAGCAUGCUACGCUCUCAUGAUUUAUACUAUGUAUCGUAAUUAUCGUCGACUCUCCGUAUUCCAGCACACCAACAGCCGCAAUGUUGAGGCCACACGCUCCAUGUUAGCUGUUUUCAUCAGUAAUCUCCUCCUUGGCUUCCCAUAUCCAGUCUUUUACCUCCAGGGGAAAAAAUCGUUUACCAUGAAUGUUAUUUUCCGGAUACUGUUCUCCUCUCACUUUAUAGUGGAUCCUGUAGUGUUCGUGUGGUUUAACCGGAGCUUCCGGCAUCGUGUGGGUGAGAAGGUGGGUGCUGGUGUGGCCUGGAUGUCACAGCGUAUUUCCCGGACGUCACCCACCGCCACAGUUACAACCAUCAGUUCUAUUAGCUUGUCACCACUUACAGUGUCCAUCAACCGAAGCCAAUUGUGAGGAACCUACUGUCUCAGAGAUGUUUUAAAAAAAUUUAAUUAAAUUUCAAAGGUCUUGCUUCAGCUCAGGAUAAAUUAUCGUAUGAAUACAUUAUUAUAGAUUAAAUUCACUUUCGUUUUAAUAUAUUGUCUGAUUUGUAUGUAAAUUAUUGUUAUAUUUAUGGAGAAGCACUAAACCCAUUGGGGUUAAAUAGUGCCUGGGAGGGGAUUUGUAUAUAAAAAUAAUUAUGGUAUGUUUAUUAAUUAGACGAAAUGGGGAAUAUUGCCUGCUUCUGCAGGUCUUCGUUAAUCAAGGCGUGAAGGUAUGUGCCAUGAGAAGUUAAUGAGAUUUUUUACUUGUUUUUAAGCAAGCCUUAUUAACCAGUCGACAUGCACAGCUCUCCUGGAAGAUGUACCCGAAGCUUGGACUCGAUGUUUUCUGUGGUCUGGAUGAAUUUGAGACAGAGUUGGCUGUUUUAUUAAGACCUAAGCCAGUCACUUGGCUGGAGCUGGAGGGGACCGUCAGUAUGUAGGUAGUCAGUCACUUGAUGGCUAGACCAGGACCAGUUAGCACUCAGCAGCAGCCAGACACGUUAACAAGAUGAGACUGGACGUCGACUGCUAGGCUACAAUAAUAAUUUACAAAGGCGUGUGACAGAAGGUGUAUAAGACUAAGACUACGAUUUCAGUGACUAGUGUUGUAUAUGCAUAUGGCCCUCUGGUUCCAGCGACAUGUGCGCUGAGGACGGAUAAAGCAAUGAAUCUUACUAUUCACUAAUUGUGGUAUAUGCUAGCUAUUUUAUGAUGUAGAAAACAAUGUUAUCACAGUGUCUUUCACUUGUAUAUUGGCUUUAGCAUGGUAUCUGACACACAUGCAUCAAUCCCAGCAUGGCAAACCCGUAAAGA